AUGAAUGAAAAAUCAUGGCUUUGCACUGCUUUUACACAGCUAACUCUCUGCAUUGCACUUUACAUAGCUCUUAAUAUAAGUCAGCCCCAGAAGCAUACUUAUGGGAACAGCAAAAAUGGAGGCAGAAACACUGAUAUGUACUUCAUUAGUGUUGCUGGAGGAUCUAGGCCACUUGAACAACAAACCUUUUUACUUAAACAGGUGGAGAAGGUAGUGACAUCCUACAAGGCUCGGUUUAUAGUCAACAUUUGUGAACUUGGGGAAUCCGAUCCACUCCUGCAGAAUGCUACGCGAUACCCUGAGUUGCAGAAAAUACCAUGGUACACUACUAGAGCAUUGAAAGGAGAAGGAGCAAAUUAUUUCCACAAGAAGAUUGAAAUUCCUUAUGGACAAACACUAGAUAUUAUAGCCAUGGAUACUGGGCUACUCCAGGACUCUUCAAGUGUCGCUGAAAAUGAUCAGCUUCAGUGGUUAAUGACAACCCUCAAUGAAAGCAGUAGUAACUGGAAAAUUGUUUUUGGAUUCCACCAGUUGGUGACCUCUGAAGAGAAUGUACAGAAAAUGGAACCAAUUUUUGAACAAUUAUAUGGUAUAUUUCUUAACUAUGGAGUGAAUGCAUAUUGGAGCUGGCGGGCUGAUACUCACAAUGUUCAAGGAGGUACCAUGCAGUUGACUGAUGUAGAUCCAAUGGAUAAUCACCGUUAUCUUACUGCUGUUAAUCAAAAUUUAGUCUACAACAAGGAAAUGGUAAAUGAAUUCCUUCUUCAUUGGGUUAGUCCACUGGAAAUUGUCACAUAUCUGGUUAAGUUGACAGGGGAGGUUGUGCAAAGUUCAGUGCUUCGACAAAUGGGCAAGGAGGGUAUUGAAGCAGCCUUUGAGCCAUGCACGGCGGUGUAA